CCCCGCCCCCGCCCCCCGCCUCCCGCCUGGUGACACAGCCCGGGCCUCCGGCGGCCGCGCCAGUGCUGCCCUCCACCUCCGCCGGCGCCGCACCUGGGCCCGCGCCCUGCAGCCCCAGCAGUGAUGGCUGCGGACGGCGUGGACGAACGCUCGCCUCUGCUGUCCGCAGCCCACUCGGGAAAUGUCACUCCCACCGCCCCACCGUAUUUGCAAGAAAGCAGCCCCAAAGCAGAACUCCCACCUCCGUAUACAGCCAUUGUCAGUCCAGAUGCCAGUGGUAUUCCCGUAAUCAACUGCCGCGUGUGCCAGUCUAUAAUCAAUUUGGAUGGCAAACUUCACCAGCAUGUGGUUAAGUGUACAAUUUGCAAUGAAGCUACGCCAAUCAAAACCCCCCCAACAGGGAAGAAAUAUGUUAGAUGCCCUUGUAAUUGUCUCCUCAUUUGUAAAGACACAUCUCGGCGAAUAGGAUGUCCGAGACCCAACUGCAGACGCAUAAUUAACCUUGGUCCAGUAAUGCUUAUUUCUGAAGAACAACCAGCUCAACCUGCGUUGCCAAUCCAACCUGAAGGUACAAGAGUUGUGUGUGGGCACUGUGGAAACACUUUCCUGUGGAUGGAACUAAGGUUCAACACUCUGGCAAAAUGCCCACACUGCAAAAAAAUAGUCUCACUAAGUUGCUGUGAUACUCCUGCCUCAGCAUUCCACAGUACUGGGAUGACAGGUGUCCUCCAUUACACCUGGAUAUAAGAGAAGAUGUUUUGAUUAAAGACUGUGGCUUAGUGUUGGAGGUCUUGAAGAUUAUGCCAAUAAUCUUGAUUUUGUAGGAAAAGUCAUGGGAAUUACUGGAGUGUACUAUUGUGCUCAUAUAUAUGAUUUAUUACACCAAAAGAAUGUAAAACAAAAUCAAUAAAGGAAAAAAGGCAAAUGGGGCAAAACUUGAAGGAAACCAAGUGGAAGCCUCCAGAGUUCCUCUCCCAGUGGAGUCCUCCAGCAAGGAAUUGUCAGUGUGCAUGCAAAAUUUUACCCAGUAGGACAGCUCACUAGAGACUAUGCUCACUUGGUUAGAUCACUUAGGAACCCAUUGCCCGGCAUCUACCAAAGUUCAGUCACUCAGAAAGAAUACAGGCCGGCAAACCACAUUGUUUACACUUUGUAUUUUUAUCUAUUUAUGUUUUAGUACUGGGGAGUGAACGCAAGGCCUCUUGCAAGGCAAGCUGCAUCUCUGGCCUGUUUUAGCUUUUAUUUUAGUGUAGGUGCUCUGAAGGGAGCACGUUUUUAUUUUGAGUCAAGGUCUUGGUAAGGCAUCUGUGUUGCCUGAGCUGGGCCUGAGCUUGUGAUUUUUCUGCCACAGCCUCCUAGAAUGCUGGGAUUACAGGCAUGUGUCACUAGCCCCAGCAUACACAGCAUCUAUUUUGAUAAUGAAUUUUUAAAUUAAAAUUAUUUUCUAUUCAUAUGUAUAAAAUAUAAUAAAGUAAAUCAAACUAGAAUGUUUUGACAGUUCAAUUUUUAUAACUGAGGAUAAAGAAUCAUACUUUAUACCUUACCUAUUUUGAGAGUAGAGAAAUCUUAAGAAAAGUUUCUAAAAAGAAAUAAUUAAAAAGUAUCUGAAAAGUAGAGAAUGUGUAAUAAAAUGUCUCCAAUUUAUCUUUGCUAGUUCUGAACUCACCUAUAUAUAGCCUUGUGUGAAUAAUUUCUUUACAGUCUAUUUUUAGCUUGACAAGACCAGAUAUUUCAUUUUCUUAGUUGUGAAAUUAAUCAUCCAAAUUCUUAACUUUCCUAACUCUAGUAGAAAUCUGUACCUGGAGACACAAAAAAUGCCCAGAAAAAUAUACAUUUGAAUGAGAUACUGCCAUUCACCCCAAUAAAUGUAAUAAACAAGUAAAUGAUUCAUAUUUUUGUGUAUUCUUUUAUAAAAUACAAAAUUAAAUUAUAAGUCUUUCCACCAAGAUUAUUAAAUUGGAAAAAGAAAAUUAUGGAAAGUAGAAAGCAGAGUUAUUUUGGAAUUAGCACACUGUGGUGCUAAGUCCACUGAUAGUUCCUUCAUGUUUAUAAAUAAUUAGCUGGAAUCCUUUCAGCAAUCCUGAAAUUAAAGAAUUGUAUCUUCUUUUCACAGAUAAGGAACUGUUAAGAGAGGUUAAGGAAUUUACCCAGGGAACAUGUAUGGUUAAUUCUUUUAGAACAGUGGUAAAGUUUUUACUGAUAAUAAAGAAGAAUUGAAUGUCUAAACAGACAUUGGAUCACAGGAAAGUGUGUUAAUAUAAAGAAGAAUUUGUACUUAGGGAACAACUUACAGGAAUUUUACAUGGAAUGAAUCAACUUAAUCAUCACUAACAGGAGGGUUUGUAGGAGUGGGGUCACAUGCUAAACAUGGGAAGAUUUGAGCUUUCAUUACUAGGGGACAGAAGAUGUUGUCACAUGAACACCCAUGGCUGCUAUUUUCUUUUUGAAUGGUCUUCUUUAUAACAACAUAAUGUUGUUAUAGAUCUGUUGGGCUAAGAUUCUGAGACAGACAUUUGUUUCUUAAAUAUAAAUAUCCUAAAACUUCUUUUGAGUUGCAAAAUCAUUACUAUGAAAUCAGCAUGCCGUGUGCAGGAAGCUUCCCCAGAGGUCCUAAGGAAAAGGAGCGUCUUCUCAUGGCCCUAUUUUCUUAUGCAGGAACUUAGGCUGUUGCAGUUAAAGGUUGCUGUUUUUCACCUUGGCAAUUUAUGACCACCAUCCAAAUGAAGAUGUAGAUUUAGCAUUCUGAAAUAGAAUUUGGACAUAAUUCAAUGCAAUGUUAUAGGGGACCUAAGCCUAAUGGAGGCAUUGAUUUAAUCUAUGGUAUUUCUCACUGAAUGGCUUUUGCUCUGUCUAUAUCACUGACGUAUUUAUUGCAUUGUGAAUCACCUCCUGCCAUUUUAAAUAACAGCAGAUUCUUAGUAUCAGAUAAUGUCUUUUUACUUUGUUUUUUUGUGAUUUUGUAAAUAUUCAUUAAUUUAAAAACAAUUCUGUGUUUGGUACUAGGUGCUUUCAAUAAGAGUAAAAUCUUGCUGUCAAAGGAAUUCAUUUUACAGACAGCAAGAGAAACAGGAGUAGACAAUUACGAUAAAAUGUUAAGUGCUUCAAAGAGGUAUGGUCAGUGUGCUGUGCUUUGAAGACUGGAGGAGAAGGGAUCAAGAGAAAAGUCUUCAGGAGAAAGGGACACAUGAACAGUUCUUAGCAGAUGAGGGCUGUGAUGUGAGAGGAGGGCAGGGUGGUUCACUGCAGAGGCAGCCACCUGUACAAAGGUACAGAGAAGUCGAUCAGUGUAGGUGUGCUAUUAAGGAAACAGAUAAAAUGUGCAGGGGUAAGGGAGCAAGAUGGUUGGGGUCAAGGAUGAACUGAGUUCUUAGGGGCUACAGAACCAUUCACUAAAAUAGAGCAUACAAUAUCUAAAGAAAGAGAUAUGCCUGGCAGAGAAUGAUUAAUUCAUAUUGAAUAUAGUAGAUAUAGAGACCUCUAGGUUUGUUAGAUUUUCAAAAUCUUCACCCCAUCUGCUUUUAAAUCCUUCACUCUGUAUAGCAUGUUAAAUGUGUGAAUUGUAAUUUAAGCAAAGUAAAUUAAACUGAAAUGUUUGAUCAGUA